AGGUUCCAGAACCUUGACGACCCAUCAGUCUUGGCCUAGGUUUCCAUUCACUGUCUAUCCCCAGGUUGGACAUUCACGACCGCACUCCUAGUCUAUUCUUGGUAUCUUAACUUGCUUCCUAUUCACUUUUAUUCUGCUCCGACAUUUUGCAAUCCUUCGUAUCGCAUUCGAGGUUUCCGGGAAAGGUUAAAUAGUCAGCAGCCCCGAACACUCAUCGAGAAUCGAAUCGAGACCCCUUCGUGCCAAUGGCCUUUCUGUCCUCCAUAUUCAAAACACUCACUCUGAAUAUGGUCAACCCGCUGAGUGCGGGUGAUCCCGCACCCCAAGACCAAGAUGACAUCGAUCGCUCUGCGAACCCCUACCUGCCGACGGCCGUGGAGGUAAUCAUCGUUAGGGCGAUGCUGGAAAAGGCUCUUCAACUACCACCCGAGAUCAUUAACAGUAUCAUCGAUCAUGCCGAGUACUGGCCCCACACAUCGACUGUCAUCGACUACAGUAAUUUGCCCGAUGGACAAAAGGUUGUCCCGGGAGGAGAAUCCGAAAGAGAGAACGCCUUCUUGCUGCGUACCCUUCCUCUCGGUUUCGUCAAGCCGCCUUCCUCGUUCUUGCAAAACGAUCGCAACCGCCAAGUCCCACUCGAGCCGAUUCCUCGCGAGCCCAAAGAGUUCCCCGUCGACACCUACCAGUCCCGCAUAUCCCCCACCCUCAGUCACCCAUGCCGCAAGAUCAAAUUCAUCAUCGUCAGCCACGACCAAGGCUGGGGCGGCGAGCGGCAUACCCGCCGGACUUACAAGAACUCUUAUACCUGGUUCGAUAUCGGCCUCGAACGGUGCCUCCAAACCAGCGACGCCAUCAACAAGCCGACCUUUGAUCCUCAGACCCUCUCCACUCUUAUUCCAAAAGUGCGCGAGGUUAAUCCCGAGGAUGACAGAGAGCGCCAUGUGCAGGGAACGCACACUUUCGAUUUUCCACUACACCCCGAGCAAGAUACUAUGAUCCAGUGCAACGAGGUGGCUAAUGGACAAUACCACCAGUACGAAGUGGAGUGGAAGUGGACCGACGACAUGUCCAGCGCUGAUCUUUUCGACAGCGGCUAUGGUUGUGAGGAGGGCCUGAUUGAGAACCCAUUGCCCAAAAUGGGCCGCGGCCAGGCGACGGGCGACGGGAAAUUCGUGAGGGACUUGAAGCUCGGUGAUGUGGUCACUGUCUGGGCCAAGGCGAGGUUCGGAGGCUGGGCCAAUUACAUCAAGCGCAUCCAGGUGGAUGUUUACUGGGUUGUUUGAGGUGACGAGCAAGAGAGUAGGACCAGGCUUUUGGUUUUCUGGUCGUAGAUGCUCAGUUAUAUGUGGUUGGCGUUAGGCGCUUCUGGAGCGAGCGUUGUCCUCUCUCCAUCUUUUUUUCCUCAUGCGUUUUGUAUUGCAUACACCAUUCAUUUUUUUCUCCUAAGGAAUGGAACAGGGACACGAAGUCCACGAAAAAGAAGGAUAACGGAACAAGGAGGAUAACAGAACAAAAAGGCCAUGAUUAAAGACAAUCAUGGAAUGGAACAUCACAGGGGGUUUGCUCUAGUGCUUUACAGUCAGGUCACCAUAGGUUCAUAGGCGCCAAUCAGUUCAUCAACUUUAAUACCUUUAAUGAAGCUUCACUC